AUGCCCGAGAACGGGGAGAAAUUCUGGUGGAUCUCCACUCCCCUACCGCCCCCACUCCCGCCUCCUUGUGCCCCACGGGCUGCCUCCUCCAUCCCCCGCCUCUCCAAACAAUUCCCACACAAUCGAAACGUCCGGGGAACUCGGGCGCGGAGUUCGGGCGGAACGGCCACCGUUGCCCAAGAUAGUGUUUUCAGCGAGGGGAGUCUCGGCGCGCGGCUAGGAGAGCCGCCCCCACCGCCCCCCAUCCCCUCGGCUCAGGAUCAACAGGCCGCCCGCGCCGCCGCCGCCGCCCAAGUCGGUCUCUCGCUUGCCCAGGACGCGCGCCCGGGCGGGGUGUGCGCAGCCAACUCGGUCCAAGCCGGGGAGGGGAGGACAAGGGGCGAGGGGGACGCCACCCAAGUGGUCUGGGGUUCGGACCCAGAUAGGCGAAACGCGCCGGGAAUCGAUGACGGCUGGGGAAACUCGGGCAAACCUUUCUUGGGGAAUCACCCCUCCGACACCCCACCGCCCAGGCGCUGCAACGGAGGAGCGGGAGCGAAGCGGCAGCGGCGGCGGAGGGGGAGCCCGCGAGCUGCCGGGCGGGGAGCCCAAGCCACGCUGUCGCCGCGCAGGGAAGACUUGGCCAACACACUCACACACACACAUUCACACACCCAGCCCGAGCGGGCGCUCGCGGCUAAUCGUCAACAUGGCGCUGGGGCUCCUGCCCGAGCGCGGGCGGCAGCAGCGGCGACGCGAGAGCUGCUGAGCCCGGCCGAGCCCGGCCCAGCCGCCGGAGCCCGGAGGAUCGCGCGGGGCUGUCGCCACCUGUCCGGUGGCUUUGAGCCCGCCCCCGCCCCCACCCGGCCCAGAGCCCACCCCUCGGCGGGGCCGACCCCGAGGGCAGCCGGCUGGCAGCAGACGGCGAGGGAGGUGAGCGAGCGCGGCGCCGCGAGCGGAUUGCGGGCAGCGGGGGACGGCAAACUUUGCUGUUCGCCGCGCUUCCCCGGCCCGGCCCCUUCUCCCAUCGCCAACGUCGCCACCCCACUUUCCUCCAACCCCGCACACCUCUCCCCACCCACCCCACCUCCCGUCGCUCCUCCUCGCUGCCUUGACUCUGCUCCGGGGAAAACUUCAAAGCGCCGGAUCGCAGGCUCCCUGCUUACUCCCCGGCUGGGGAUUUCAGGAAAUCGAGCAGAGCGAGGGGUUCCGACUCGGCCCGCCCGCCAGCCAGCCAGUCAGGUCUGCUGUAACGGACGGAGGCCGCCUGAGCUGCGGAGUUGCAGAAUCUGGCGUUCGGAGCUGCGGUUCCUGGCGAGAUUUCGCGUUGCCCGUCCUCAGCCAUUUCACCGAUAAUCAGCGGAUCGCUUUGCCAAGUGCCGGGAAGAGCAAAGGAAUUCGGAAGGAGACUCUCGGCUCCCGGCCGCCUUUCUCUGAGUGGCUUCGUUUCCCGCU